AUGGCGAAGGAGGAAGAUGAGGAAAAGAAAGCCAAGAAAGGAAAGAAGGGGAAGAAGGCCCCAGAGCCUGAGAAGCCCAAACGGAGCUUGAAGGGUACAUCUCGGCUGUUCAUGGGCUUCCGAGACCGUACACCCAAGAUUUCCAAGAAGGGCCAGUUCCGGAGUGCAUCAGCCUUCUUCUGGGGCCUCCACACCGGCCCCCAGAAGACCAAACGCAAGAAGAAGGCCCGCACAGUACUCAAGUCCACAUCCAAGCUCAUGACACAGAUGCGCAUGGGCAAGAAGAAGCGGGCAAUGAAGGGCAAGAAGCCCUCCUUCAUGGUGAUCCGUUUCCCAGGCCGACGGGGCUAUGGCCGCCUCCGACCUCGAGCCCGGUCACUCAGCAAGGCAUCCACAGCUAUCAAUUGGCUUACCAAGAAGUUCCUCCUCAAGAAGGCUGAAGAGUCUGGCAGCGAACAGGCCACUCUGGAUGCCUGGCUCCAGCGCUCUGACUCCCGCAUGGGGUCCCAAAAGCUACCUUUCCCGUCGGGAGCUGAGAUCCUGCGGCAUGGAGGCCGGCUCCGCAGGUUUCCCCGCAGCCACAGCAUCUACUCUUCUGGGGAGCCUGUCGGCUUCCUGCCUUUUGAGGACGAGGCGCCCUUCCGGCACGCGGGAUCCCGCAAGUCCCUGUAUGGGCUAGAAGGCUUCCAGGACCUGGGCGAAUAUUAUGACUACCACCGCGAGGGCGAUGACUAUUACGACGAGCAAUCGCUGCACCGCUAUGAGGAGCAGGUGCCCUACCUGCCUGGCUACGGUCCCUACAGCCCGGCCUGGCCACCCUAUGCCGACUACCCUUACGGAUACCCGCCUGAAGACCCCUACGAGUACUAUCUCCCCGACCACUAUGGCAGCUACUUUUUCCCUGGCCACGGCUAUGGCUACGAUGACUAUGAGCCCCCAUACGCGCCCCCAUCUGGGUAUUCAUCCCCCUACAGCUACCCGGAGGGACUUGAGGGAGAGGCCUACCCCUACAGCUACUACCUGGAUCCCUAUGCGCCUUACGACGUGCCCUACCCAACCUAUGACCUGCCAUAUGAGACUCCCUACGAUGUGCCCUACCUUGAUCCCUAUGGUGUCCCCUACACUGCCCCCUAUGCUGAAGGCAUCUACGCUGGAGGUGAUGAGGCCAUCUACCCACCAAGGGUGCCGUAUCUUUACCCAGAAGAGCCGGCCUUCGCGUACCCCUGGGCACCACCUCCCAUCCUGUCACCCCACAACCCAUACGCCCACCCAAUGGAUGACAUCGUGGAACUGGAGGAGCCAGAAGAGGCAGGUGAGGAGCAGCGAGGCACUUCCUUCCGCUUGCCUAGCUCUGCCUUCUUCGAGCAGCAGGGCAUGGACAAGCCCGCCAGGUCCAAGCUGUCCCUCAUCCGCAAGUUCCGCCUCUUUCCACGGCCUCAAGUGAAGCUGUUCGGGAAGGAGAAGUUGGACGUGCCCCUUCCCCCGUCCCUGGAUAUUCCACUGCCCUUAGGGGAUGCGGAGGAGGAGGAGGAGGAGGAGGAGAUGGCUCCAGGGGCCGCGACGCCCUACAGCCACCCCUACUGGGCCUUCCUCACACCGCGCCAGCGCAACCUGCAGCGCGCGCUGUCUGCCUUCGGGGUCCCCCGCGGCCUGGGAUUCAGCCCGGAGUUCGGCCGCCCCGCUCCUCGCCCUGCCACAUCGCUGGCGCGAUUCCUCAAGAAGACGCUGUCGGAAAAGAAGCCCAUCCCGCGGCUCCGGGGCAGCCAGCAGGCCCGGGGGCGCGGCCCCGCAGUCAGGGAGGCGGCCUACAAGCGCUUCGGCUACAAGCUGGCGGGCAUGGACCCCGAGCGACCCAACACGCCCAUCGUGCUGCGGCGCGCCCAGCCGCAGGCGCGCAACAACAACAACUCCCACCGCCCGCGCUCGCCAGCGCCCGCGCCCGCGCCCGCGCCCGCGCCCGCGCCCGCCCCGGUGCCCCGCGCCCUGUCCCACUGGAGCGCGCUCCUCUCCCCUCCGGUGCCCGGGCAGCCCCCCAACCCCGGCCCGCCGCCCGCCCCCCCCUUCUCCCCGCCGCUGGCCCGUCUGCCCCGACUCACCUCGCCGUAUGGGUCUCUCCGCCACCACCCGCCGCCCUGGGCUGCCCCUGCCCACGUGCCCCUCGCGCCCCCCGCAAACCUGUGGGCCUUCGCAGAGCCCCCUCCCACCAGCCCCGAGGUGCCCCCCAACCUGAUGGCCUUUCCUGUGCCGCAGCCCUCCUUCCGGGGCUCACGUCGCCGAGCAGGGGCGCCCUUCGGCUUCCCUGGAGCCUCCCCACUGGCAUCAAGGAGAAGAGCCUGGCGCCCCCUGCCCUCGCCCCAGCCUUCGCUGAGGAGCCUUCCAGGCCCAGGCUACCUCUCACCCUUAGGGCCCCUGUCCCCGCAGUUGUCCCUCCGCAGGGGCCCGUUCCAGCCACCUUUCCCUCCCCCGCCUCGCCGACCUCAAUCGCUGCGGGAGCCCCUGGCCCCACAUCGAGCCUCUGGGUACCUAGGCCCACCCCGCUCACCUGUUCUGGGUUCACCCCGACCAUCCUCACCACCUCCUCUGCUGGGCCACCGCCCAAAGCAGCGAUCCCUCAACUUACCCUCACGUCUCCCGCACACAUGGCGGCGUCUCAGUGAGCCACCCACCCGAGCGGUGAAGCCUCGAGUGCUGCAGCCCUUCCACCUGCCUCCCAGUGCAGGUUCUUGGAGAGUGGCUGCCGGGACCCCGGAGCACAGGGGGAGCCAGAAGGAACUAGAGGACUCUGACACACCCUGGAUUGUGCCUCCACUGGCCCCCACCUGGGACGCAGAUGUGCCUCCCACCCAGCGCCCACCCUCCCCCUGGCCUGGAGGUGUGGGUAGCCUUCGAGGCUUUUCCAGAGCAUCACCUCUGCCUAAGAAUCCCUUCCUUCAGCACGUGGGCCCCCUGCCAUCUCCUGCUCCGCCGCCUGAGGACCCAACCUCAGACUCAACCAGUGUCUUCUUCGGCAGACACCAGGAGCCAGGGCCUGGACAGCUCACCAAAUCAGCUUCCCCAAGCUCUGACCAUACUGAAGAAGCUACCCCACCUGAACCCCAGGCACCAACAGAGCCUGGGACUUGCAUCCAAACAUCUCCCAAGGAUGUGGUCCCAGAACAGAAGGUGUUAAGGCUCAGCCUCUCAUACCCACGGGCCACAUGUGACCAGGCAAGGGCCACAUGGCCACCAUGGCGCCGCUGGAAGACACUGCCCAGAGCCCCUGCCUUCUUUGCCCCCACUGGUCCCCCAGAGCCUCUGCCUAAGGCAGGUGAGAGGUCGCAGGCUCGCCCUGGGCGCUUUGCUGUGGUCAUGCCUCAGGUUCGAAAACUGACUUCUUUUCAGCGAGCUGGGCCUACCACCCUGCAGACCUCCGAACAGCCAGUCCCACAACCUGAACAUGACCAAGCGCGCCAAGCCUGCAAUCUGCAUUGGCCCCACCUCUGGCUGCGGGCAGAUGCCCACCUGCCUUGGCCACAAAUGCACACCCGCUGUCAUUCUCGCCACCUAGUCCCUGGAGCUGGCUGCCUGUCCCUCAGGGACCCCUGGAAAGGGGUUGACCCCAAAAACUGGCAGAACAAGAUGCACUCCAUCCGCAACUUGCCUUCUACUCAGAGCCGCGAGCAGCGCAGAGAAGACGGAGUGGAGGACAUGACCCAGUUGGAAGACCUCCAGGAGGCCACUGUGCUGUCCAAUCUCAAGACCAGAUUUGAACGGAACCUCAUCUAUACGUACAUCGGCAGCAUCUUGGUGUCUGUGAACCCAUACCAAAUGUUCGGGAUCUAUGGGCCAGAGCAGGUGCAGCAGUACAGCGGGAGGGCCUUGGGAGAUAAUCCUCCACAUCUCUUUGCAAUUGCUAAUCUCGCCCUCGCCAAAAUGCUUGAUGCCAAACAGAACCAGUGCAUAAUCAUCAGUGGAGAGAGUGGCUCUGGCAAAACUGAGGCCACCAAGCUGAUUCUACGCUACCUGGCUGCCAUGAACCAGAAGCGGGAUGUCAUGCAGCAGAUAAAGAUCCUGGAAGCAACACCUCUCUUGGAGUCCUUUGGUAAUGCCAAAACUGUAAGGAAUGACAACUCCAGCCGCUUUGGGAAGUUCGUGGAGAUCUUUCUGGAAGGGGGCGUGAUCUCUGGUGCCAUAACUUCCCAGUACCUGCUGGAGAAAUCUCGGAUUGUGUUUCAGGCCAAAAAUGAGAGGAAUUACCACAUUUUCUAUGAGUUGUUGGCUGGGCUGCCUCCUCAGCUGCGGCAGGCCUUUAGCCUUCAGGAAGCUGAGACCUACUACUAUCUGAACCAGGGAGGGAACUGUGAGAUCCCAGGGAAGAGCGAUGCUGAUGACUUCCGCCGGCUCCUGGCUGCCAUGGAGGUGCUGGGCUUUGGCAGCGAGGACCAAGACAGCAUCUUUCGCAUCCUGGCCUCCAUCCUGCAUCUGGGGAAUGUGUACUUUGAGAAGUAUGAGACAGAUACGCAGGAGGUGGCCUCGGUUGUAAGUGCCCGUGAGAUCCAAGCUGUGGCCGAGCUGCUACAGAUCUCCCCUGAGGGCCUACAGAAGGCCAUCACCUUCAAAGUGACCGAGACAAUGCAAGAGAAGAUCUUCACACCUCUGACUGUGGAGAGUGCUGUGGAUGCCAGGGAUGCCAUCGCCAAGGUUUUAUACUCACUGCUGUUCAGCUGGCUGAUUGCCAGGGUCAAUGCCCUGGUAUCCCCACAGCAAGACGCGCUGUCCAUUGCCAUCCUGGACAUCUAUGGCUUUGAGGACCUGAGCUUCAACAGCUUUGAGCAGCUGUGCAUCAACUACGCCAAUGAGAACCUUCAAUACCUUUUCAACAAGAUCAUCUUCCAGGAGGAGCAGGAGGAGUAUAUUCGCGAGCAGAUUGACUGGCGGGAGAUCACCUUUGCCGACAAUCAGCCCUGCAUCAAUCUCAUCUCACUAAGACCGUAUGGCAUCCUCCGUAUCCUUGAUGACCAGUGCUGCUUUCCCCAGGCCACAGACCACACAUUCCUGCAGAAGUGCCACUACCAUCAUGGCGCCAACCCACUGUACUCCAAGCCCAAGAUGCCACUACCUGAGUUCACCAUCAAACACUACGCAGGCAAGGUCACUUACCAGGUACACAAGUUCUUGGACAAGAACCAUGACCAGGUGCGCCAGGAUGUGUUGGACCUGUUUGUACGGAGUAGGACGAGGGUGGUGGCACAUCUCUUCUCCAGCCACGCCCCCCAGGCUGCCCCUCAGCGGCUGGGUAAGAGCAGCUCCACAACCCGACUCUACAAGGCACACACAGUAGCUGCCAAGUUCCAGCAGUCACUCUUGGAUCUGGUGGAAAAGAUGGAGAGGUGUAACCCCUUGUUUGUGCGUUGCCUGAAGCCCAACCACAAGAAGGAGCCAGGUCUCUUUGAGCCGGACGUGGUGAUGGCCCAGUUACGCUACUCGGGGGUUCUGGAGACUGUGCGGAUCCGCAAGGAGGGCUUCCCAGUGCGGCUACCUUUCCAGGUGUUCAUUGACAGGUACCGCUGCCUGGUGGCCCUCAAGCACAACCUGCCAGCUAAUGGGGACAUGUGUGUUUCGGUGCUGAGCCGCCUGUGCACAGUCAUGCCAAACAUGUACCGUGUUGGAGUCAGCAAGCUGUUCCUUAAGGAACAUCUGCACCAGCUGCUGGAAAGCAUGCGGGAGCACGUCCUGAACCUGGCAGCCCUCACGUUGCAGCGCUGCCUCCGUGGCUUCUUCAUCCAGCGGCGUUUCCGCUCCCUGCGCCGUAAGAUCAUCCUACUGCAGAGCCGGGCCCGUGGCUACCUUGCCAGGCAACGCUACCAGCAGAUGCGAAGAAACCUGGUGAAGUUCCGAGCCCUGGUGCACAUGUACAUGGACCAUCGGCGCUACCUCAAGCUGAGGGCAGAACGCAGGCGCCGGGUGGAGGAGGUGCGGCUGCGGGAGCAGGAGGAGCUGAGCAAGCGGGAAGUGGUGGCCGUGGGACACCUGGAGGUCCCAGCAGAGCUGGCUGGGCUCUUACAAGCAAUGGCAGGCCUCAGGUUGCCCAAGGUCCCCCGAGUGGCCCCUGUGCGGACACCCCGGCUCCAAACUGAACCCCGAGUCACAUUGCCCCUAGAUAUCAACAACUACCCCAUGGCCAAGUUUGUCCGGUGUUACUUUAAGGAGCCUGCCUUUGGGAUGCUGACAGCCCCCCUGAGGACACCUCUCACACGACUGCCGGCUGAGCACCAUGCAGAGGCUGUGAGCAUCUUCAAGCUGAUCCUGCGUUUCAUGGGUGACCCCCGCCUGCAUGGUGCCCAGGAGAACAUCUUUGGAAACUACAUCGUGCAAAAGGGGCUAGUGGCACCUGAGCUUCGGGACGAGAUCCUAGCCCAGCUGGCCAACCAAGUGUGGCACAAUCACAAUGCUCACAAUUCCGCACGUGGCUGGCUGCUGCUGGCCGCCUGCCUCAGUAGCUUUGCACCAUCUUCACGCCUUGACAAGUUCCUCCUCAAGUUCGUGUCUGAUUAUGGGCAGAAUGGCUUCCAGGCAGUGUGUCAACACCGUCUCAUGCAGGCCAUGGGCCAGGUCCAACAGCAAGGCUCAGGGGUAGCCCGCACCUUCCCCCUGACCCAGCUUGAGUGGAUCACCAUCCACAAGAAGGCCAGCAUGGCGCUGGGUGUGAGCUGCUUCAAUGGUGACCAGUUCUCCUGCCCAGUGCACUCCUGGAGCACCGGAGAAGAGUUGGCUGGAGACAUCUUGAGGCACAGGGGGCUGACUGAUGGCUGGCGGGGCUGGACAGUAGCCAUGAAGAAUGGUAUCCAGUGGGCGGAGCUGGCUGGUCAUGACUACGUGCUGGAUCUGGUGUCAGACCUGGAGCUUCCCAGGGACUUCCCACGACAGAAGUCCUACUUCAUCGUGGGUGCAGAAGGGCCUAUGACCAGCAGGGGAGGACCCAGAGUGCUGUUUGGGAACAGCUGGGACUCAGAUGAAGACACACCCAUUGGGCCUCAGUCCCAGGACCAUGUGACCAAAGUGCUUGACUCUGAGGGGUACUGCAGCCACAAUGAGGACAGUACCAACGGAGAGCCUGAGGCUCAGAGGGGGACAGCAACACAUCAAGAUGCAGAUGGCCCUGGAAAGCCCACUGUGCCCCCCAAGGGGUUGGACUGCUACCUGGACAGCCUCUUCAACCCUGUACUAUCCUAUGGGGAUGCGGACCUGGAGAAGCCUACAGCCAUUGCUUAUCGCAUGAAAGGGGGCGGCCAGCCUGGCGAAGGCAGCAGUAGCAGUACUGAAGAGUCUCCCAAGAGAGCCCCAGAACCAAAGCCAAUCCCUGGCCUGGAUGCCUCCACACUGGCUCUGCAGCAAGCCUUCAUCCACAAACAGGCUGUGCUCCUGGCCCGGGAGAUGACCCUGCAGGCCAUGGCUCUCCAGCAGCAGCCCUUGAGCCCUUCCUUGAGACCCUUGCUCCCAGAGAAACCCAUAGCGCCAGAGGCAUGGCCGAAGUGUGUAGGCUCCGGCCUUCCUGCCAAACCUGUGCUCCUGAGGUCUUCUCCAAGGCCCGUGGCUCCAGCCUUUCUGGCCAAGGCUCCAAGGCCCCCCGCCAAGCCUGUGGCUGCCCCUGUUCUACCUCAGGAUCGAGCUUUACCAGAAAGCACAUCAGCCUCCCCAGAGCUGGUCCGGUACUCCACACUCAACUCGGAGCACUUUCCACAGCCCACACAGCAGAUUAGGGACAUCAUUAGGCAGUAUCAGCAGCCACUCCGGGGAGGCCGCCCUGAGGCCCUGAGGAAGGAUGGUGGGAAAGUCUUCAUGAAGCGACCUGACCCUCAUGAGGAGGCCCUGAUGCUCCUGAAGGGGCAGAUGGCUCACCUGGCCACAGCACCAGGCACUCAGGUAUCCAGAGAGACUGUGGCCCUAGUGAAGCCAGUGACCAGCCCACCAAAGAUGUCCAUGGGGGCCACUCCAGCACUGCCUUCGAGAUCACUGGAGCCCCCUGAGGAACCUGUGCAGACCCGGCUGCAUCGCCUCAUCAACCCCAACUUCUAUGGCUACCAGAACGCCCCCUGGCGGAUCUUCCUGCGCAAAGAGGUGUUUUACCCCAAGGACAACUACAGCCACCCUGUGCAGCUAGACCUUCUGUUCCGGCAGAUUAUGCACGACACACUCUCAGAGGCUUGCCUGCGCAUCUCCCAGGAUGAGAGGCUCAGGAUGAAGGCCCUCUUUGCCCAGAACCAGCUGGAUACAAAGCAGCCUCUGGUAACAGAAAAUGUGAAGCGGGCUGUGGUCAACACUGCCCGAGACAACUGGGAGAUCUACUUCUCUCGCCUCUUCCCUGCCACGGGCAGCGUGGGAACUGGUGUGCAGAUCCUAGCUGUGUCCCACAUGGGCAUCAAACUCCUUCGGAUGGUCAAGAGCAGCCAGGAGGCCAGCCGGCAGCUGCAUGUCCUGCGUGCAUACAGCUUUGCAGACAUCCUAUUUGUGACCAUGCCCUCGCAGAACAUGUUGGAGUUCAACCUGGCCAGCGAGAAGGUCAUCCUUUUCUCAGCCCGAGCUCACCAGGUCAAGACCCUAGUGGAUGACUUCAUUUUGGAGCUGAAGAAGGACUCUGACUAUGUGGUUGCUGUGAGGAACUUCCUGCCUGAGGACCCAGCACUGCUGGCCUUCCACAAGGGUGAUAUCAUUCACCUGCAGCCCCUUCAGCCACCUCGAGUGGGGUACAGUGCUGGCUGUGUGGUCCGCAAAAAGGUGGUUUACUUGGAGGAGCUACAGCGCAGAGGCCCUGACUUCGGCUGGAGAUUCGGGACAAUCCAUGGUCGUGUGGGCCGCUUCCCUUCUGACCUAGUGCAGCCUGCUGCUGCCCCUGACUUCCUGCAGCUACCAGUUGAGCCGAGCCGGGGCCAGGCUGCAGCUGUGGCUGCUGCUGUGGCCUCUACAGCUGCUGCACAGGAGGUGGGCCGCAGGAGAGAGGGUCCCCCAGUUAGGGCCCGUUCUGCAGACCGUGGAGAGGAUGCGCUUGAGUUUUCACCAUACACAAUGCUUGAGUUUGCCCAGAAGUAUUUCCGAGACCCUCAGAGGCGGCCCCAGGAUGGCAUCAAGCCGAAAUGCAAGGAGGACCGGGAGUCCAGAACAUUGGAGGACAUGCUUUGCUUCACCAAGACCCCACUCCAGGAAUCCCUUAUUGAGCUCAGUGACAGCAGCCUCAACAAGAUGGCCACAGACAUGUUCCUAGCUGUGAUGAGGUUCAUGGGUGAUACCCCAUUGAAAGGCCAGAGUGAACUGGACGUGCUGUGCACCCUCUUGAAGCUUUGUGAGGAUCAUGAGGUCAUGCGAGAUGAGGGUUACUGCCAAAUUGUGAAGCAGAUCACAGAAAACACCAGCUCCAAGCAAGACAGCUGCCAACGAGGCUGGAGGCUGCUGUACAUCAUGGCUGCCUACCACAGCUGCUCUGAGGUCCUCUACCCACACCUCCUGCGCUUUCUCCAGCAUGUGAGCAGGACCCCAGGAAUGCCCUUCCAGGGGAUUGCUAAGGCUUGUGAGCAGAACCUGAAGAAGACCUUGCGCUUCGGGGGACGUCUAGAGCUCCCCAGCAGCAUGGAGCUUCGGGCCAUGUUGGCAGGUCGCAGUUCCAAAAGGCAGCUUUUCCUUCUUCCUGGGGGCCUUGAACGCCAUCUAAAAAUCAAAACAUGCACUGUGGCUCUGGAUGUGGUGGAGGAGAUCUGUGCCGAGAUGGCUCUGACACGCCCGGAGGCCUUCAAUGAAUAUGUGAUCUUUGUUGUCACCAACCGAGGUCAGCAUGUGUGCCCGCUCAGCCGCUGUGCUUACAUCCUGGAUGUGGCCUCAGAGAUGGAACAGGUGGAUGGUGGCUACAUGCUCUGGUUCCGGCGCAUACUCUGGGAUCAGCCACUCAAGUUUGAGAAUGAGCUGUAUGUGACUAUGCACUACAAUCAGGUGCUGCCUGACUACCUGAAGGGCCUCUUCAGUAGCAUGCCAGCCAGUCGGCCCAGUGAACAACAGUUGCAGCAGGUGUCCAAGCUGGCCUCACUGCAGCACCGUGCCAGGGACCACCUCUACUUGCCCAGCAUGCGGGAGGUCCAGGAGUACAUUCCGGCCCAGCUGUACCGCACUAUGGCUGGCUCUGCCUGGCUCAACCUGAUUGGCCAGCACAGGCAGCAGACGCAGGCGCUCAGCCCUCACCAGGCCCGUGCCCAAUUCCUGGGCCUCCUCAGUGCCUUUCCUAUGUUUGGCUCCUCUUUCUUCUUCAUCCAGAGCUGCAGCAACAUUGCUGUGCCAGCCCCCUGCAUCCUAGCUGUCAACCACAAUGGUCUCAACUUCCUCAGCACCGAGACCCAUGAACUGAUAGUGAAGUUCCCUCUGAAGGAGAUCCAGUCUACACGGACCCAGCGACCCACUGCCAAUUCCAGCUAUCCCUAUGUGGAGAUUGCACUGGGGGAUGUGGUGGCCCAGCGCACCAUGCAGCUGCAGCUGGAGCAGUGUCUGGAGUUAUGUCGUGUGGUGGCUGUGCAUGUGGAGAACCUACUCAGUGCCCGGGAGAAGCGGCUCACACUACCCCCCAGUGAGAUUACCCUACUGUGACCUGGCUCCAAGCCCUCCAGAUGCUUUCUGCCAGAAGACUCAGUGUGUGGCUUCAGGAAAGCCACUGUACCUCUUUUUAAGUCAGUGACCCCAGGAAGGGCCAAAACCCUGGAAGAAAUCACAGGAGGAAGAGCAACCCACGAACCCCCAAGAGUACUGACCCAGAGUUGGGACAGAGUCACAGCCUGCAGACUUGGGCCAGACAGCCAAAGAAAACUGUCAAAGAAAAAAGAAAACAAAGAAACUGUCAA